AUGACCAGGGGGCUUGGAGUUUUAGACAACUCUGGUGACAACACAAAUCAUGGGUACUGGGGCGCACCAGCGGCAGCGCCAGCGGCAGCGCCAGCGGCAGCGCCAGCGGCAGCGCCAGCGGCAGCGCCAGCGGCAGCGCCAGCGGCAGCGCCAGCGGCAGCGCCAGCGGCAGCGGCAGCGCCAGCGGCAGCGCCAGCGGCAGCGCCAGCACCAUGUUGUGUAUAUUCAUCAUUUUCUUUAGCUUUAGAAACCGUCGUAAUAGAGAUUCCGAUCCCUAUUAACAGUGAGGAUGACAUCAUCAAGUUGUACUCCGAGGUCUUAAAUGACGAUAAAGAUAUCAAACUUGCAAUCGUCGACCACAUCACCAGUGCUAGUGCAAUCUUAAUGCCAGUUAAGCGUAUUGCAGAACUGUGUCAUAUGAAUGGAGUUAUGGUGCUUGUAGAUGGUGCACAUGUACCGGGACAAAUACCUCUUCAUAUGGAAGAUUUAGGCGUGGACUUCUAUUGCGGUAGGUUAUUAUGCCGUAUUGUGCAUUUCCCUGAUAGGACAACAUCCGAUAAAGAUGAAAUCUACACAAGUGGUACUCCUCGAGGGUGUGCCUUCUUAUGGGUCCAGCCAGAUUACAAGGAUGUUAUUAGCCCAGUCACAACAUCACAUUAUCAGAAUGAACCAACCUUAAUGAAACGAUUCUGCUUCGUAGGCACACGGGAUUGUUUGCCUUACUAUUUGGCAGAAACAUCAAUCAAGUUCUACAAUGACCUUGGUGGAAUGGAGGAAAUAGUUGCAUACAACUCAACACUAGCGAGCUGGGCAGCAGACAUGAUUUCCAAAGCUUUGAAUACUGAAAAGCUUCAAAUACCCGUUGGAAUGAGAGCUCCAUGCAUGGCGUUGGUUGCCAUUCCAGAGACGAGUCUCUAUACUGCAUCUGCUGAGACUUGCUCCAGGUUAAUGAGUGAUUUAUACAAGCAAAGCCAGGUGUUUGUAGCAUUCUCUUAUUUCAAACAAAGGCUUUGGUGCAGAAUUUCAAGUCAAGUGUACAACUGUAAAGAAGAUUACAUUAGACUGAGGGAUGCUCUACUGGAAGUUUUACAACUUUAAGUUGGUAUGAUGACAUUGCUCUACACUCCAAACAUUAAAGACUUGAAUCCAACAGUUGCGAGAGAUCGGUGAGUGACAACACUUUGAAAGUGUUGAACCCAGCAUUUUAUAUGUUAAAUCCAGCAUUUUAAAGUAUCCAGUCAACAAUUUAAGUGCCAGUUUAGCGUUUAAAAAGGUGAUCCAACAAUUCCAAGUUUUUUUUGUGAGAAAUGUUGAAUCAACACUUAGCUUGUUGAUUUAACCCGUUUGCGUUGGAUCAAAUAAAAUAAAAAACGCUGGAUCCAACACUUUCAAAGUGUAGUCAAUCACCGAGAUAUUCGAAGUGUUGGAUUCAGCUCUUUAGUUUUAAAAGGACAUGUAUCAUCGCAAAGGUCGUGGGUUCGAAUCCCACUCGAGUAAUAUGCCUUUGAUUCCGUUCACAGAACUCGGUAAAGUACUGAGUUAUACAGUUCUAACACACAUCGGUGUAUAUGGAUAACACCUAAAUGAACUUUAAAUUGGAAACGCUCUGGUUUGAUGAGCAAUACAUUUCUCCUCACUGGUGCAGUUAACGUCACCAAAGCUUGGUGCUUUCUUAUAGGUUGUUUGUUUCAGAUAAUUAAGAGCACCCAUGUUAGCAAAUUAAUUGUUUAUUUUAUAUUAUGUGUAGAGGUGUCAAACAGACCACUUAGUAAAGUCAUUAUUCUUGGGGCAAACUAGUCAGGUAAUGUUAAUGGAUACAUUAGAUAUUACUCUAU